GGGCUGGCGAGGAGCCCCCGCUGCUGCUCCGGACAGCGCCGCCGCGCCUGCGGCUCCCGCUGGGCCUCCUUCAUGCGGCGGAUCUGACACGGAGCCAGCCACGGCCAGCAGCUCCGCGCCGGGCGAGGCGUAUGUUCAGGUCCAAACGGGCCGGGCUUGUGCGGCGACUUUGGAGAAGCCGGGUCUUCCCCGACGGAGGAGGAGGAGGGGAUGGUGGCGGCGGCGGCGGCGUCAGCGGGAGCCGUGAGCGCGGGGGCAGCGACGGCGGGAGCCCGGAGAAGCGCCCCUCGAGCGGCAGGCGAGCGGUGACCGGCGAAGGCGCCGUCGAGGAGCCGUGCGUUCUGGAGAGGCCCAUGGCGCACGGCGACGGCGACCCACCGGCGCCCCCCGAGGCGGAAGAAGAGGCGGCGGCGGGCGGCGGGAGCGGCGGCGCCGCCGAGGCGGAGAGCCCGUGGUGGGCGCAGGAGAGCGAUGGCAAGACCGUGACGUGCUGCCUCUUCAAGGAGAGGGGCCCUGGCGGCGGCGGCGGCGGCGGCGCCGCGCUGCCCGUGGAGGCGCCGGCCCGGGAAGGGCGCUGCGGACUGUCGCUGCUGGAGCAGGAGCUGAAGGCCGGCACGUACGCGCUGCUGAAGCGCCUCAAGGAGCGGUCGCUCGACAGCCUGCUCGAAGCCGUCGAGUCCCGCGGCGGGAUGCCCAGCGGCUGCGUCCUCGUCUCCCGCGCCGAGGUGCGCGUGGGCGGCCAGGCCGCCCCUCCGCACCUCCUGCUGGGCAAGCUCUUUCGCUGGCCGGACCUCCAGCACCCGGCCGAGCUGAAGCCGCUCUGUGGGUGCCGCAGCUUCGGUCUCCCCGACGGCCCCACCGUGUGCUGCAACCCGUAUCACUUCAGCCGCCUGUGCGGCCCAGAAUCUCCACCCCCUCCUUACUCACGGCUGUCUCCAAAUGAUGAGCAAAAGCCACUGGAUCUGUCAGAUUCCAUGUUGUCCUACACUGAAACGGAGGCUACGAACUCACCCAAUAUCACCCCUGGAGAAUUCUCAGACGCCACCAUGUCCCCCGAUGCAGUUAAACAAAGCCAUUGGUGCAGCGUGGCCUACUGGGAGCAUCGGACGCGGGUUGGGCGUCUCUACAUGGUGUAUGGACAGUCUGUCAGUAUAUUUUAUGACCUACCUCAAGGAAACGGCUUCUGUCUUGGUCAGCUAAACCUGGACAACAGGAACGAGAUUGUCCGGCGGACUCGAAGUAAGAUCGGAUAUGGGAUUUUGCUCAGCAAAGAACCAGACGGUGUUUGGGCUUACAACCGCAGUGAACACCCGAUCUUUGUCAACUCGCCAACACUGGACAUUCCCAACUGUCGGACUCUGAUUGUGCGCAAAGUGAUGCCCGGCUAUUCGAUAAAGGUCUUCGAUUACGAGAAAUCUUGCCUCUUACAGCACACCACUGACCUGGAGUACCCAGACGGACCUUUCGACCCCAACAGUGUCCGGAUCAGUUUUGCGAAAGGCUGGGGCCCGUGCUACUCCAGGCAGUUCAUUACCUCCUGCCCGUGUUGGCUGGAAAUCUUGCUCAGCAGUGGCAGCGCGUAGCCGUUGGCCGGGAGGAGAACGACAAGGAGCACCGGCGAUCCCAAGAUAUCAUCUACCUAGAUUUAAUAUAAAGUUUUAUAUAUUAUAUGAAAAUAUAUAUUAUACUUGUAAUUAUGGAGUCCUUUUUACAAUGUAAUUAUUUAUGUAUGGUGCAAUGUGUUUAUGGACAAAAAACGGAAAAUGCACUUUGGCUUGUAAGUCUUUCAGUACAGUUUUUUUAAGGAGGGAAAAAAUACAGCAAAAUUGGACAGCACCAUGUUUUGGCUGUAUAGUUUUUAAAUAGUAAUACCCAGACAAAAAGCUAAUACCAGUCACUCAUUGAUAAUAAAGUAUUUGCAUUAUA